AUGGAGGUGCUGAACGAGGCGGAACGAAGCGCCAUCGGCGCAGCAGACGCUGUGAAGGAACUAUUGGACGCUCUGAGAGGCCAUCUCAAAGAGGUGACUAGCAACACAGUGGCGCACGUGGAGGUGGAGAGAGAUGCUGCCUCGCGGCUGCAGGGUGCAGGGGGUGGGCAUGCAUGGGGUGGACAUGCAUGGGUGAGCAUGCAUGGGGUUGGCAUGCAUGGGGUGAGCAUGCAUGGGGUGGGCAUGCAUGGGGUGGGCAUUCAUGGGCUGGGCAUGCUUGGAGGGUUGCACCCACCAUAG